GUCCUGUGUCAGCCGCCCGGUGCCAGGAAAACAAGAGAUGAUGAAUGGGCGUCUGAGUGAAACCGUGUUUGUGUAGUUGUGGUCGCUGCGUCACUAGUACGACGUGAGAGCCAGCAGGCGGAGGAACCGGGUUAGGUGGCUCUUUUUCUGGUCAGCCGUUCUCCUCCGCCGCUUUCCAAAUGAAGGUUAGCUUAGCUUGCUAGCAGUCUGCGCCGUCUUAAUGGACUACCACACAUGAAUGGGACAGUUCCUCUUCAGCUGCUGCCAGAACGGACACUUCUGCUUUCUGUGGCUGGGUUAGUGGAUGUUAAAUUCCGCCGAGAGUGUCUGUGAGAGCUCACCGCUGUUAUGGAGCCGUACACGGCGACAGGCUGCGUGAACAUCGGCAGUCUGAUCAGCACCCUGCCGGUGAUCCCCUACCAGAAGCUGACCGACCUGUACUACCUGAGCAGAGGCGGCUUUGGCACCGUGUUCAAGGCUCAGCACUCAGACUGGAGGACCACCGUGGCCAUCAAGUGCCUGAAGCUCGACUCUCCCGUCGGGGAAAGGGAGAGGAACUGCCUGCUCAAGGAGGCAGAAGUGCUCCACAAAGCCAGGUUCAACUACAUCAUCCAGAUCUUUGGCGUCUGCAAUGAGCCGGAGUUCUUCUGCAUCGUCACGGAGUUUAUGAGCAAUGGCUCUCUGGACCUGUUGCUUCACGAGAAAGACAUGUACCCUCUGCUUGCCUGGCCUUUGCGGCUGAGGAUUCUGUAUGAGAUUGCCUUGGGGGUCAACUUCCUUCACAACAUGACCCCACCCCUUUUACAUCAUGACCUGAAGACACAGAAUAUCUUGUUGGAUGGUGAAUUUCAUGUCAAGAUUGCAGACUUUGGCCUGUCAAAAUGGCGGCAGCUGUCCGUCAGUAAAGGUUCAGGGUCCAAACCCACUGAGAUGGGGGGAACAGUGAUCUACAUGCCCCCUGAGGAGUAUGAGCCUUCCAGCACCCGUCGGGCUGAUGUGAAACAUGACAUGUACAGCUAUGCCAUCAUCAUGUGGGAGGUGCUGUCCAGGCGGAUUCCAUUUGAAGAUGCAACCAACCCCAUGCAGAUCAUGUUCAGCGUGUUGCGGGGAAUGCGUCCUGACACGAGCCUUGACAGCCUGCCCGCUGACAUCCCCAGCAGAGAGACCCUCAUUAAUCUCAUGACCUGUGGCUGGACUGCAAACCCCGAUGAACGACCCUCCUUCCUCAAGUGUCUGAUUGACCUGGAGCCCAUGGUGAGGAACUUUGAUGAAAUCGACUUCCUGGAAGCCGUGUUGGAGAUCAAGAAGUCAAAGCUGAUGCAGAGGACAGGCUGCUGCUCGGCCCAGCCAGUGUGUGAGAGGAGGAAAAAGGAGAGAUCACUGAACAUCCUGAAGGACAACCCCAGUCCCUGGCUGGAGAGCUCCACCUCAGGCUCAGGCUCCUGUUCUUCCCAGGAAGCUGAUAUGUCUCAGCCAGCCUUCCUUACCAGCAGCAAUGCCCCACCCUUUAAAGAAAUGUCUCCAUCAUCCUUCAUGCCCCACACUCUGGAGUCUCCUCAGUCCCUGAAGGACCACAGCCUUACCAACAACCUGAACGAGUACCCAGGGAGCGCCCAACCUGUGAAUGACUUGAACAUCCCCAUCAAACUGGGUCUGCCCAUCACUGAGUGUGAGACCCAUCUGGAUAACCUCACUCUCAAGCCGCAGCCACAAAGAGACUACUCUCCUCCGUUGCACCCCAACAAUGGCACACAAGGCCCCAUGACGCAGUGGAUCGCAGAGCGGCGUGAGGAGAUUGUCCUCCAGAUGACAGAGGCCUGUCUGAACCAGAGCCUGGACGCUCUGCUGGCGGUCUCACUGCUGAUGCAGGAGGAUUACGAGCUGGUGGUGAACCAACGCACGCGCUGUGCCAAGGUUCGCCAGCUCUUGGACACCUGUAACCGCCACAGCGAAGACUUUUGCCGCGUUGUCGUGCGGAAGCUGUACGACAACAAGCAGUGGGGUUUGCGGCCGUACCCAUCUGAAUUGAGCUCCCCUUCUGUCACCCCAGUCCCCAGUGCACCGCCUCUGUCCAUGCUCUACAAUAUUCCCAGGAACAUGUAGCAGCAGUCACAGCCAAGCAGUGGGAAAUUGUGCAGACUUCAAAAGACUGUGUCAACUUUACACUACACUGUUUAUUCUAGUUGGCUCCAUUGUCAUCAAGAUGGUCAUCCUGGCUCCUGCCCAGUCAGUCUCUCACUUGAAAAGACAAGUUGGUCCAAUGAUUGGCUUGGCACCUUGACGCUGUGCAAGAGGAGGUAGAGAUGCUUAAAAAAAAAAAUGUUGAUUUUGCAGUUUCACACUUGCAAAGUCCAGUAUGACAAGUUAUAUUCAAGUAAUCAAUUUGGAGUGAACCAGUGGUUUAUUUAUGGAUUUAAUUAGGUCAGUUGUCAAGUACAUUAUUUAUUGUUCCUUCAUGCUGAAUGGAUCUGGUCUUUCAGUCUUUCAAACCUUUUGUUAGAUAAACCUUUUGUUCCCUAAACUUAACGUUGCCAGAAAGUGAAAGCUUAAUUAUGUAGCCUAGUCGUCGUUUCUUUUGUGGCCUUAUUUGUAGAAUGCAAACAUCUUAUGUACUCAGUAGAUCUGAGUGUGAUACAUCAGUAAGUAGGACUGUUAAAAGGCUGAAACAUCUACAGCCAAAAGACAAUAACAACUGUUUAUUCAUAUUGUUGCAGACUUCUCUUACAGUAGCUCAUUGCUGUCACGGAUUAAUUAUCCAGAAUUGUUUACCACCUGAAUGCAGCGUGAGUUUGUGGCCCACACACAGUCUGUGAGCAUGUCUGUGUGUUUGUAUUGAGGUACAUAACAUAAAACAGUGAAGGAGCCUGCAGUGAGGUGUUGUGCAAGGAGGACUGCAGAGCUAAUAAUAGGAGCCUAACUACGUGGUCUUUAACAUAAUAUGGGGUCUUAAAAAUAAUAUUGUCAGCAACUUCACAAAACUUGGCCGGUGUGUUGGAAUCUGUUGAUUUGACUUGAUUGUGGCAGUCCAGCUGAAUGUAAAACUAAACUGGAAGAGUGCACUCAGUAGAGUCCAGGUCUCCAUCAGGCAUAUCUCCUCUUUUCUAGACUAGGCUACCCCACAUUACAUGCUGAGCAAAACUUAGGAGAGACUCGGCAGCCAAUCGUGUUGUCAAAUGCUUUUCAGAUUACAAAUUAAAUUGCGUUAUGAUUCAAAUAUAAUACAAUACAGUGUAGAAAAUACACAAAGCCUGUCGAGUUUAGCUGUUUCUUGUUCUCUAGGUCUUUCAGUUUAUUACACACGUUAUACCAGUGGUUGGGAACCAAUGGCGCAUGAGCCAUUUCACUGAUGGUUGAACGAGCUAAGCAAUGAAUGAAGAGAGAGAGAGAGCUUAAGUUGCAAAUACACACAUUUUUCAAACAUUUUGAAUCACCACAACCAUGAGAGGUUCUUUAUCAUGCAGACAUAGCUGUGCACAAGAAAAAAAAAAUUAGGCUGAUAGGCCUAGUGCAUUUACAAACACACAAUGCACACGACCAAGUGCAAGACCUCCUCCCAGUUAUAGUCUGGUUGCAGCCCAAGGAGAGGGUGUCUGUGUGUUUUUGUGUGCGUGCCUAGAUUAAAAGUGGACCAAAGCAAUCUGCCUUCGGAUUUCUAAUGGUCUUCUCAUUAGUAGUGUCGCUUCUCCCAGAAUUACUCGCAGAAUUAAGGCUCUUCCAUGGACUCUUGGUUGGAGUAGUUUUUCAUAUGAACACAUAUAAGAUAAUUGCAGCUGUAUGUAUUUUGUUUGUCACAUCUGUGGUCAUAACAAGCUGCUCUACAGAGGCAUAAUACAUGACAGGAGUAGAUUAAUCCUGCCUUGUUUGUAGCAUGGCUUAAAGCAUAUCUGUGACAGUUAAAUCGUACUGAAACUGAAUCAAUUCUAGCAAGUACUUGCACUAUACAGUAUUACUGAUGAGUUAAAGCAAGCGAUCUGCUGUUUUACAGUCAUAGCACAGGUCUGUGGAAGUACAGUCACGUUUUAAUUUUAUUUUUAACAGUGACUGUACUUCAGCAGCCUGAAAUGACACCAACAUGUUUGUCAACCACAGUGUUCUCUCUGCCAAGUUCUCAUAGUCUGAGGUUUGCAAAGUUCAGCAAGGUGUGAUCUUUUCACUUGCACAUGGGUACAGCUACCCACACACAGACUGUUCAUGUCAUUUUAUUUGUCUUCAUAAUAGUAAUACCUGUUUGUCAACUGCAUCCACUUUUAUUUAUUCAUGCAAUCUCAGUGCCAAAAUACCAUGUAGGUCCCAUCACAGGUUUCUGUUGUCUGUCUUUACUUUCCCCCCAUGUUGUUUUUGUCAGAUGCCUUACUGUCUUCACCAAUGACUUCACCUCCUUAAAAUGGGUGCUGAAUUCUCUGUCGAUAUAUUCAUGGAUUAUAUCUUAAUGGGCCAUAAAUAACCAUUAUCAGUUACACUCCUACUCCAGCUUGAUGCUUGUUAAUGAAGAAAAAUACAACAAAACAAAACAAUGGAAUACCGACUAUAAAUAUUGUCACUUUUUCUCAUUUUUCAAAUGUAGUAAUUGAAAAAUUAUUACAUUCAUUAUUUUUUCUCACUUUUUCUUUGAAAAAUUAGGAGAAAAAGUGACAAUGGAAUACCAACUACGAAUAUUGUCACUUUUUCUCUUUUCUUUUCAAAUGUAGUAGUGGUGUAGCAGAGAAAUACAUCAGUUGAUUGUUAAACAAUUUUACUAUUUUUUUUUUUGUUUGUUUCCAUUGUUGUACAUUACUAUUCUUUGUAGAUAUACUGUAUCUCCAUAAUGAGAGUAUAAGCAAAUUACACACCAAUAAGUAACUUUGUGUUUUCAACGAACAACAGAAUCGUGAUCUUCCUGAACUCCCACUGUAACCAAGACUUUGUCUGGAAAGUGGAUCGUCACUGGUUAUUCUUGGAAGUUUAAUCAUUACAGGAAAUUCCACAAAAUGUCACUGCUGGGAGUUUCUUUGACUACAGCGUCAUUUAGCAGCGGACAGUGUGAAGGUCCUACAGAAGGCUCCCACACUCCUCUGGACUUGUAUUGCCUUGUCUUUGAUAACUGUGCCUCAUAUUCUGCUUUUGGUUUAAACGGUAGUUUUGCGCAAAGCCUUUUUACACAUAUCAACCAGGAGGG